UGGAGAGCUGACAGAGGACAGGAGGGCAAAGAGAAAACACACCGUAGAAAACUAUUUGCUGUGGCAAGUUGAAAAUAAAACAAACAAACAGAAACAAAAGAGGAAAGUUUGCAGGCGCAGUGCCGGUGUCCUGUCCGCGGUGAGAGCCGAGAAGAGAAGCGGAGCGAAGACGGAGCGCCCGUCCGUCCCCGCGUCGCAGCGCCGCAGGGAGGAGACACGCAGAGGAGGAAACAUUCCCCUCAACGCAGAGAGAGACUCGGAUGAGGAGAACAGGAGAGCCGAGGGCAUCGGAUAGCCAGCAGCAACGAUGGCAGCUCCAGACUUAUUGGACCCUAAAUCCGCCACUCACAACACCAAGCCCCGCCUCUCCUUCUCCACAAAGCCAAUCACGCUGACUCCUCGGGAGGAAAGUGAGAUGGUUGCCACAGUGAUGAAGUGGAAGACAGUGACAGCCAUCUUUCUUUUGGUGGUUAUGUAUCUGGUGAUGGGAGCAGCAGUCUUCAGAGCCCUGGAGCAGCCUCACGAGAGUGCCCAGCGUUUCACUAUCCUGUCCCAGAAGCUGGAGUUCCUGUCUAGACACUCCUGUGUCAAUCAGAGCCAGCUGGAGGAGCUGGUCAAGCAAGUUGUGUCUGCUAUCCGUUCUGGGGUGAAUCCUGCAGGAACACUUGGUAACCACAGCAGUCUGUGGGACCUGAGCUCUGCCUUUUUCUUUGCUGGGACUGUCAUCACCACCAUUGGCUUUGGAAAUAUAUCUCCCCACACUGAAGGUGGAAGAAUCUUCUGCAUCAUCUAUGCCCUGCUGGGAAUACCUCUGUUUGGCUUCCUGUUGGCUGGUGUAGGGGAUCAGCUCGGCACCAUCUUUGGCAAGGGCAUUGCCAAAGUGGAGAAAAUGUUUAUGCACUGGGACAUCAGCCAGACGAAGGUGCGGGUUAUUUCUACUCUCCUGUUUGUGCUGUUUGGCUGUCUGCUGUUUGUGGCGCUCCCGGCAGCCAUCUUCAAACACAUUGAGGGCUGGUCUGCGCUGGAGUCCCUUUACUUUGUGGUCAUCACCUUGACUACCAUUGGGUUUGGAGACUUUGUGGCAGGUGGGUCAGAAAUUGAGUACCUGGACUACUAUAAACCAGUCGUGUGGUUCUGGAUUCUGGUGGGCCUGGCCUACUUUGCUGCUAUCCUCAGCAUGAUAGGAGACUGGCUCAGGGUCAUCUCUAAGCGGACAAAAGAAGAGGUGGGGGAGAUCCGAGCACACGCUGCAGAGUGGACGGCUAAUGUCUCGGCAGAGUUCAAAGAGACCCGCCGCCGUGUCAGCGUGGAGAUCUAUGAUAAGUUCCAGCGUGCUGCAUCGAUUAAACGUAAACUGUCCUCAGAGCUGGGUUUCAGCUCAGCACCUGAGCUCACUCUGCCCCGGCGCGACACGUCGGUCAGUGUCAAUGACGAACGCGAGAAAAACGACAGGGAGCUUGGGAUGCAAGGCUCGACAUCACCUAUGGCUAGAAAUGGCAGUUUUCUCCUAAAUGGGCUGGAUCCAGAACAAGGGGACAUAUCGAUCAUUGAACAUUUGAAGUAGAAAAAUCCUUCUGUGGCCCUUCCAACUGUCGUCAUCUGUGGUAUCAGCGUUCGAGUGUUUACACUCUCAAAUUACUUAAUGACACUCCAGUGUUUGUCACUCCAUGACAGACAUAUCUAUCCCUCUACAAGGAUGUCAGAGGAGUUAAAGCCAUGCUCAGAAGCUCUUCAAUGGAUUUUUGGCAAUGGAUUUAUCACUUCACCAUCUCGCCAUCAUGAGAAAGACAAAAAUCCCGUAGAACAUAGAAAGCAGAGCUUUUUUUAAAUCUGGUUUUAUUAACCAAAAUCUCCUACAUCAGCCAAAAUUUUUAAUUGAUAAUGGGAUCACCUGUAAAAAUACAACAAAGCAUGUAUUUUGAGCAUAUUUUAUAAGAGAUUGAAGUAUUCAGGACCUGAUAUUGACAAGUUGGACGGUGUGUCACAGUGCCUGUCUGUGUUUGCAGAAAUUCACCGUUUUAUAUUCUUAUGAGUGUGGAGAUGGUUUUUACUGCACAUCUUUAGAGCUUGAAAACCUGUUCUUUCAGCCAUUUUAGAAAUAGACGGGGUUAUUAUAGAGAAAGAUGAGUAUGACCUGCAACUGAGCAUCAAACUAGGGAUUCAACCCACAUACUGUUUUUUAUCUGAUUGUUGAUAACAAUCAAUGUAUCACUGUCCACUGAGACUGUUUAGGGGGUGUUGGUUAUAUUGUAGGGUGUAAUGAUGAUAAUGAGAGUUUAUACGUCUCUGACAGGGAGAAUCUCUGGACUGAGCUCCCAUUUGUAUUGUUUCUGUGAUUCACUGGAUGAAAACAGAUUUGCAAUUUCAAUCGUGUACAAAUUUAAAAGCACGUUUUGUUUCAUGUUUUUUAUCUGAAACUUUUUUGCUUAUUUCUUUUGAAUCAAUUAGCACAUAUAAGUGAGGUUUCUAUUCUGUAAGUUAUCUUUUGCAUAUUACAGUAAAGUAACUAACACGUACAACUACAACAAACUAUGUGGUAUUAAGGGCAGAAUUUUUGUUUUAUUUUUUAAAUUAAAAAAAUCAUACGUGUAAUUCAGUCAUUUAGUUAAAAUCUUUGUCAUCAUUAUCAAGACAUACUGUUUCAGCCAUUACUUUUUGCAGGUAUGUCAAACAUAAUGUUUCGAAUACUUCAGAUGUUCCUGAGAAACUGAACAUGGACUUGAAGAUCAAAUUUUCUUCAUUUCAUUUCUAGCAAUAGGAAACUUAGUCAAAUAUAAAUUCACUCUUUACCCAUUGCCACAUACCAGGAACGCUGGAAGACAUUGCUUCUGUAAUUGUGUGAUAAAAAGGAUAUAAUCAAGUGUUUAUGGAUAUGUAAGACAAAGCAUUUAUGUGUGGCUUGUUUACAUGUUAUGGAAGUUAUUCUGUUUAAAACAAAAAACAAAAAAAAACAUUGAUGAUGGAUUAUGAUGGUAAAAAAGUCAUGAACAUUGACAGAUUAUGAAUGUUAAAUUAUUGUCACAAUAUUAUUAAAAUCUGAACACACACACACACACACACACACACACACACACACACACACACACACACACACACACACACACACACACACACACACAUACGUGACAAGGGUUUUAAUGCACCUGCCAUUGGAAAUGCACUUUGUGUAAACAGCCUUUGAGUGUGACAUGAUUGUUUCUUUCAGUCAGGAGUCUUUGAUUUUAGUCGUGAUAUGGUAUUCAUGACAACGACAAUUAAUUUCACAACUCCCUUCUUUAUGUACAAGCAUUGAGGAAAAAAUAUUUUACAUCAAAACAAUGAUAUGGGAACAUUACAGAGUGGAGGUGAAAUACCGAAUACUGAGAUCAGCAGGAGAAAGGCUGAUGUCAGAAUGACGUAGAAAACCUGCUGCUAAAAUCCACUCCAUGUAAAGUAUUUAAUCAUUUCAGACUAAUAUUUGCCUCGUACUGUUUAAUAUCUAUGGAUGUACUAUUUCAACAUAUUCCCUCUGAGCAUGCUAACUGACAAAUAAAGACAUGGGAAGACUGAGGGGAAGUAGAGGUUUUCACAUAACUGUAGAAGAGUUCUUAUUAUAUCUGCUUUGUGCACUAACACUGAAUAUAAGUAACCCCUUUAUGUUGAACAGCUGUGGCCUUCUUCACUAUUAAAAUGCCUUUGUCACGAAACAAUCUUUCUUAUUUUUUCUAUAACUAAACUGUUUUUUGUUUUUUUCAUGUUAUUCUUUGUUCCAUAUGUUAAUGUUUUUGUAGUCUUUUUUUCAAUAAACUAUACA